AUGUCCUACUUACUCCCCCACUUGACUAAUGGAUGGCAGGUAGAUCAGGCCAUAUUGGCCGAGGAAGAUAAAGUGGUAAUCAUUCGAUUUGGGCACGAUUGGGACAAGUCAUGCAUGAAAAUGGAUGAAACCCUAUAUAAAGUUGCCGAUCUUGUAAAGAACUUUGCCGUUAUUUAUCUAGUGGAUAUCACGGAAGUUCCAGAUUUUAAUGUAAUGUAUGAGCUUUAUGAUCCCUGCACAGUUAUGUUCUUCUAUCGAAACAAACACAUCAUGAUUGACUUGGGCACUGGAAACAACAACAAAAUUAACUGGCCAAUCGAUGACAGGCAAGAAAUGAUCGACAUUGUGGAGACCGUUUUCCGCGGCGCAUCCAAAGGUUUGGGCGUGUUAUUCUUUAAUGCUUAUUAUAGGGCGUGGAUUGGUCGUUUCCCCGAGAGACUAUUCGACCAAGCAUAA